AUGUUCUCUUUCAAGUCGUUGAUCGUCCUCUCUCAACUCGCCCUCCUCUCCGUGGCCCUCCCCACUCUUGAGGCUCGCUCUCCCAUCCCUCCUGCAGGCUUCGCUAUUUUGUCCACCAGUGCAGCUGGUACUGGAUGCUCCUCUAGCAGCUCCAGCACCUUCACCCAAAUCUCUCCUAGCGCCGGAGCACUUACCACUGUCUUUGCCGAGCUCUUUGCUGAGAUUGGGCCUGGCAUCUCCGCAGCCAACAACCAGAAGGACUGCAAGAUCACCGUCACCGCCUUCGUACCUGCCGGGUGGUCGUUUGGUGUCGCCGAGGGCAGCAUUCGCGGAUACGAGCAACUCGACGCGGGAGUCACCUUGGACGUCGUCUCCACUUACACCUUCCCAGGUGUAACACCCACCAAGUCCCAAAGCGUCAACCACAACGGUCCAGUCCCUUACCCAGGCACAUCCUUCAGCUCCCAACAGACAUUCGACUCGUCCGUCGGCACCUCCCCUUGCGGCGCUGGUGCCGGUGACGGAUCGACUGUUACCCUUGAAAUUGACACCGACGUUCGUGUCUCUGGAACGGGCACUGGGUAUGGCGCUAUUGACUCUGCCGACGUUAUCUUCGGUUUCCACGAGUGCUAA